AUGCUGUAUAGGUAAUACUGUAUAUAGAUGUAGUUAGUCUAAUAUAACUUUGAUGUGUACAUUUAAGUUAUUUUUAAACACUACAUCAUGGUCUAACAGAUAUUUACACAUGCUGUAUAGGUAAUACUGUAUAUAGAUGUAGUUAGUCUAAUAUAACUUUGAUGUGUACAUUUAAGUUAUUUUUAAACAGUACAUCAUGGUCUAACAGAUAUUACACAUGCUGUAUAGGUAAUACCGUAGUUUACUGGGUAUAAGCCCUGGGGGCUAGAGCAAUGAUAAUGGUCAAAAGUAACAUCUCAUAUUCUUAAUUGAAUCAUCAGAAUAUACCUUCUUCCAUGUCUGACUUUGACAUUUUAAGGGUAAUGAAAAAUACCCUGCCUGAACAGGGCAUCUCAUUCUAAUAGCGGAUAUCGUACCACUAGAGUAAAGGGAAAUUCCCGCUAGUCCGAGCUAGGUAACCUUAUACUCUUCUGUCUUACAAUACUCCCUCCUUCACAAAGUCUUCACCCCAAAGACAAUCCUAUCCCAGGUUCUUAAACUCCAGUUUUCCAAUCUCAACAUCACCAAGUUUAAAAUAGAUAGGAGUAACGAAAAAUACCCUGCCCUGCUCAUACUAGGCCUUGAACUAGCGCCCUCUCACUCUCAAGGCAAGCAUCCUACCACUAGGCUAAAGGAAAAUUACUGCUAGUCUGAGCUAGUAAUGUGACCUUAUAAUCUUCACAAUCAAAGAUCUUGCAAUUAGUCCAUGAUUGGGAUUAUUACAUAACAUGUAAGGUAACAUACACCCUUAACUCUAACAAAGAUAACAAGUAUAAUGUGUAUGGUAUAUAAAAUGUAUAUGUAGCAUAUUGCCUUGACCCUAACACAGAUCAUGGGCAUAUAGAAUAUAGCCUUAACUCUUACACAGAUCUAAUGUAUAAUGUGUAAUGUAGCAUAUAGCCUAACCCUAACACAGAUCAUGGGAAUAAUGUGAAAGGUAGCAUAUAGCCUUAACCCUAACGCAGAUCAUGGGAAUAAUGUGCAAAGUAGCAUAUAGCCUUAACCCUAACACAGAUCAUGGGAAUAAUGUGCAAGGUAGCAUAUAGCCUUAACUCUAACACAGAUCUAAGGUAUAAUGUGUAACAUAGCAUAUAGCCUUAACUCUAACACAGAUCACAACUGUUAAAUAUCAUAACCUGGUAAAUAUUUUUGAAAUUUUCUGGAAUUAUUAUCUAAUAGGAAUGAUUAAUUUCGAACAAUAUUACUGUCCCAGCAUUGUUUGCAUCACAAAAAAGGAAAUACAUGUACACAUAUGUAUGAUAUUGUUAUUUUUUAUGAUACUUGUCGUUUCCUAAAGGAAAACAGUUGACUUGAUAUUGGUCAAAUGUAUUAAAUCAAUAGAAUUGAUGGCAUUCUUUGUAUACAUUAUUGUACUUGGAUUAAUAUAUACAAUGCAGGGUAAAAAUCUUCAAAGUUUUUAAUCAAAUUAUUUAUUUAUUUACUCACUUGCAGUUUGAAAUUCUACAUCUACAAAUACUAGAUGAUGUAUGACAGUUACUGAAUAACAUGAAACAUUUGUUGUGUAAAAACUAUGUUUUUUUUUGGGAUUGCUAUGGAACCAGAAAUAUAGAUACUACAAUUAUUACAGCUAGGUAGUUGAAAUUCACACAUUUUAGAAAGGCAGUUUUUGUUUUGAUAUGUCCCAUGUAUCAGAAAAUCAAAUGUAAAUGGUUAAUCUUACAUACGUUUGUUUUGUUCUCUGUUUAAUGUUGUAAAUAAGAGACAAUAAAAGUCAUCCCCAAUCAGAUGAGGGAGAGAUCUCAACUAAAGUCAGUUAUGCUAUUCUGAAUUGUUUUACUGAUUCAGAAACUUGCCAAGGGUUAGACAUUCGAGAACCUCAUCCCCGCGAUCGAGAUUUCCAUAUUAUGGUAGGAAAUGAUUUUUCUCCAAUCCUAUGAAUGUUUAUACAUGAAGUUUAGAUUGGAUUUUUUGUCAUCUUUGUUUUCUUAUAUGCCCUCCUAUCAUCAGGCACUGUUUAUAUGCCCUCCUCUAUCAUCAGGCCCUGUUUAUAUGCCCUCCUAUCAUCAGGCCCUGUUUAUAUGCCCUCCUCUAUCAUCAGGCACUGUUUAUAUGCCCUCCUAUCAUCAGGCACUGUUUAUAUACCCUCCUAUCAUCAGGCCCUGUUUAUAUGCCCUCCUCUAUCAUCAGGCCCUGUUUAUAUGCCCUCCUAUCAUCAGGCACUGUUUAUAUGCCCUCCUCUAUCAUCAGGCCCUGUUUAUAUGCCCUCCUCUAUCAUCAGGCCCUGUUUAUAUGCCCUCCUCUAUCAUCAGGCACUGUUUAUAUGCCCUCCUAUCAUCAGGCACUGUUUAUAUACCCUCCUAUCAUCAGGCCCUGUUUAUAUACCCUCCUAUCAUCAGGCCCUGUUUAUAUACCCUCCUAUCAUCAGGCACUGUUUAUAUACCCUCCUAUCAUCAGGCCCUGUUUAUAUACCCUCCUAUCAUCAGGCCCUGUUUAUAUACCCUCCUAUCAUCAGGCACUGUUUAUAUACCCUCCUAUCAUCAGGCACUGUUUAUAUGCCCUCCUAUCAUCAGGCACUGUUUAUAUGCCCUCCUAUCAUCAGGCCCUGUUUAUAUGCCCUCCUAUCAUCAGGCCCUGUUUAUAUGCCCUCCUCUAUCAUCAGGCACUGUUUAUAUGCCCUCCUAUCAUCAGGCACUGUUUAUAUGCCCUCCUCUAUCAUCAGGCACUGUUUAUAUGCCCUCCUAUCAUCAGGCACUGUUUAUAUGCCCUCCUAUCAUCAGGCACUGUUUAUAUGCCCUCCUAUCAUCAGGCACUGUUUAUAUGCCCUCCUAUCAUCAGGCCCUGUUUAUAUGCCCUCCUAUCAUCAGGCACUGUUUAUAUGCCCUCCUCUAUCAUCAGGCACUGUUUCGUCAACGUUCCUAAACUUUAAAUGUUCCAUUGGAAUGUGUUACAGGAUUCAAGGAACGUUCCUUAACUAGAUUUUAUUCCUUCAAUCCAAUAAUACCUUUCAAUGGCUAAUUUUUUAUAAGGAAUUGAUAACUUUAAGUUAAGGAACAUUGAUAACACUGGGGAUUAGGUUGAUUCUCACUGAUUAUCUUCUUGUUCCUGUGAAGUAAUCUUGUAAUUUAAAGGGAGAUAAUUUGUCAAUGAGUAAAAUGUGAAACAGUUUUUAACAUGAUGAGGGAAAUGUGCAGUGUCCUUUGACCUUUUUUUUUUGGCUAAAAUGCAUGAGAAUAGAUCUUACCAGUCUGGUAAAUAAAAUGUAGCUGGGGAUGGAUUAUUGCUAUAGGUAGUGGCUACAUUCGUGGUAUGAUAAUUUGAUUUUAAUUGUUUCUGUCUUUUCUGAUGUUACUGCACAUGUUCCUUUGAGAUCACACACAUUAUGUUAAAUAUAAACAAUGUAUAUUUUUGUGUGAGUUCAGUUUUAGCUUGCAUGAGCUGUAAUGUUAUGUUUGUGAUCACCGCACAUGUCUUCCAUAGCAUACUAUCUCUUAUAAGUUUUUAUUUUACUUUCUAUGAAUAUUUUUCAGCCAUAUCAAAAUAUCCUAACUGGGUACCACAUAUUAUUGAGUUUAAGUUAUUGUUGAAUUGUAUGGUAAAGUUCAAUAGGACACAAGCUCUAGCCUGACAGACACAUGUAUGAAAUUCCCGGCCCUGUGUUUGAAAACAUGUACGUCUAAGGACUUUGGGCUGGGGAUUUUUACCAAGUUCAUGCAGUUUCAGAAAAAGAAACUCCCUGACAACAACAUGAUUCCUCUGUAUGUUUAACUCAUAUAGUUUAUUUAAAUCAUUUAAAAAUCAAUUCUUAAAAAGAGAAUCCAAGAUUUAACAUUUUUAUGUCAAAUUCUUACAAAUAAUCUAAUUUGUAAAAUUCCUACAAAUGAUUUCAUUUGUUUAGUUCUUACAGAUAAUUUCUCAAAAAGUCUUCCACAAAGUAGUAUGUUGAUUUACAUUAAGCAUAUCUCAUAAAAAAACACAGGAGCAUGACAUGUGCUUAAUCCAUGGUCCAUUAUGUAUUGUUAUACUGACACUUAGUGCCAAGUCAUAAAGGGGAGUAACUCCAGUUGGACUUAACCACUGAUGUUGAUAUCUUUAACAGAUAUGGAUGUUGUUUAUUCAAGUUUAUUGAAACGAGAAAUUGUUUGUACUAGACUAAAAAACUCAGAUUAUUCACACAUAUUGUUAUAAUUCAUGCAGUACUAUAGAAUGUAUAUAUUUUAGUGGAGAUGAGAAACUAUGGGCACAUGUAUGUCAUAGAAUGUAGUUUCACAGGGGCCAGUAACAUAUAUAACAGUAUUUGCCCAAUAAAGAUAUUAUCACUACUAGGGUCAUUAGAUACAAGACCAUUGUUUUCCACUGUUAACACAGGGAUUUUACACAAUUGUCCAACCUUCAGUUGAUAUGAGAUACAUAUACAUGGGUACUAUAGACCUGGAUUUAGGACUGUGUGCCAUAUCCCUGUGACUACAGAGAUUCUGGGUUGGUAGCUGGCCCACAGGGACUUGAAACAUUUACAUGUAUAUAUCAGUAUAUAGACUGUAUAUUGGGAAUUUGUGCCAAGUCCCUGUGAGGGAGUCUAAAGGAAUCGGUGAAUUACUAGGCUUAAUUAAUUUACCUUGACAUACACAGGCAAUAUUUCUUCACGUGAAUUUAUGUGAAUUUCACUUUUUUGCCCUUUUCACGUGAAAUUCACAUGAAUUUCACGUGAAGGAAUAUUGCCUGUGUAUACCAGAGAAAUAUAAUUUAAAUGUACUUUUAGGAACAUUGAAAGUCACAUUUCGAAAUACAAUAUAUGUCCAUCAUACAAACGAAAUUCCAUCAAUCAAAAUUUAAUCUUUGCAUGUUAAAUAAAAAAAUAUAACAAAAAACAUAUAUAAAUUUUCAUACAUUUACCUUCCAAGUCAAGAUAAUUAAACUCAUUUUCCAACAAAAUGACUCUUUAUAAGACCAUCCAUUUGUGUAUGUAUAUAAAGUAAUGUUUGUGUACACAUUAUUUAUAAUUAAGUUGUCCAAGGUUUGAUUAUGAAUAUAUGUUUGAAUAAUUUCUACAAAUUUGUUUUAUAUUUUGCAUUGUUUUGUACAAAUAGGUUGAAUGUGUAUUGUAAAUUAUAAAAUAUUUGAUGUUCUGAUAACCUACAUAUGGCACAGACUCCUGAUAGCUAGUCCUACACUUAUGUAUGUUUAUAAAUAAUCUGGAUUUGUUUUCAUGUUUAAAAUGAAGUAAUAAAAAGAAAUUUGAUUUCA